AGACGAAGACACAGUCAAUCUUUGUAUGUCCAUCCAAUCCAUUCCUUACUUCUAGAAUGUUUCCCUGCGUCAACAAAGUUUACAGUGCAAGCACUGACCAUUUCUGUUAGACCUUUGUAUCCAUCUCGGAAUAAAAAUAGAGCCCUGUCCACUUUUGCCAGUCUGAUCCUUUCCCCAUUGUCCACGCAAGCCUCUCAUUCGCUCGGCCACCUGCGAUCUCGUGUUGCUUCCUCAGCGCCAUCAACUUCUGGAUACCCUAUCUUUUACCGGUCUUCCUACCCCAUUCGCAAAUAUGAACCAGCAGCCUGCCGUUCAAAAUCAGGCUCAGGCUCAGGCGCCAAAUGCAGCCGGCCAGGAUGGCUGGGAUGAGGCGCGACUUGAGGAAGCCAUGAAACGCCUCAAGCUUCUGCACAUCAAGGUCCGGCAAUUGAACGACACCAUCCCCAAGAUGAUCAAGCCGCUUGUGCAAAAGCAACCUUCACCCGAUGUCAUGUUUGCAGCUUUCAUGAACUCAGUCAAUGAAGCGCAAGCAAACAUCAAAGAGGUUACCGACUUGAUGCGUGAUGAGAAAAGUCGUGAAAUCUUUGCGCAGGCCAAGAAGAGAAAAGAGGAAGAGCCCACAAAUAUCAAGACUUGGGAAUAUUAUGAUCACCCAGACUGGUUCAGAAUGGAUGAAGAAUAACGAGAUACAUGGGGCAUAUAGCAUAGGCGUUUAUGGACGGUUUAACUACAUCAUCGGGACAUUAAUGAUAGGAGCAAGAGUGGUGCAGAAAACGCUUUCGGACUUUUUUCACUACUGGAAGACGGUAGAUCAAUAUCAUGGAGUUUUAGAACAAAGUACCACACAUUUUUUUUUUCGAUCCAAUGGAUAGAUGAUACAAA